AUGUCGGUGAAAAGGAAGAGCAUGACUCCACCUGGAGGAAGCGCCAAGAAACAAAGGAAGGCUAUCAAUCUUGAGAUGAAAAUGAAGAUCAUAAACGACUAUGAAGCUGGUAAGAAAGUUAAAGCGAUAGCACGUGACUUGGAGCUGGCGCAUUUGACCAUUUCGACGAUCUUGAAGGAUAAAGAUAGAGUGAAAGAGGCAGUGCAAGCAUCGACAGGAUUUAAAGCCAUAAUAACUAGGCAGCGGAAAGGCCUCAUUCAUGAAAUGGAGAAAUUACUGGCGAUCUGGUUUGACGACCAGAUACAAAAAAGAAUGCCGAUGAGCCUUUUAAUAAUUCAAGCCAAGGCACACAGUAUCUUUGAGACUUUGAAGGCACGCGAAGGUGAAGAAUCGACGGAAACAUUUACGGCAAGCUGUGGAUGGUUUCAACGGUUUUGUCGGAGAUUCAACGUGCAUAAUCAGAGUAUCAGUGGUGAGGCGGCAAGCGCGGACGUAGAAGCAGCGGAAAAAUUUGUUGACCAAUUUGAUGAAAUCAUCGAGAAAGGCGGCUACCGUCCAGAACAGAUCUUCAAUGUGGAUGAAACCAGACUUUUUUGGAAGAAAAUGCCCGAAAGGUCCUACAUACACAAAGAAGCUAAAGCAAUGCCCAGUUUCAAGGCUUUUAAGGACAGGGUCACGUUGUUGUUGGGAGGAAAUGUCGCUGGGUUCAAGUUAAAGCCUUUCCUCAUCCAUCGCUCUGAGAACCCACGUGCAUUGAAGCAGGUUAGUAAGCACACGCUGCCUGUUUACUAUCGUGCAAAUAGCAAGGCAUGGAUGACACAAGCUUUAUUUGAGGAUUGGUUCAUCACCUGCUUCAUACCCUCGGUCAAGCAUUAUUGUCUGGAAAAGGGGGUUCCCUUUAAAAUUAUCCUCCUGCUUGAUAAUGCCCCAGGCCACCCCCAGCAUCUUGAUGAUCUACACCCAGAUGUAAAGGUAGUAUAUCUGCCUAAAAACAUGACUGCUAUCCUACAGCCAAUGGACCAGGGGGCUAUAGCUAUGUUCAAAGCGUACUAUUUGCGCGCAACUUUUUCCAAAGCUGUAGCAGCAACAGAAAGUGAUGAAGUAACCCUUCGUGAUUUUUGGAAAUCAUACAACAUUUCACACUGCAUAAAGAACAUUGAAUCAGCUUGGGAGGGAGUGACAGAAAAGUGGUUUGACAAAGACGACCAUGUCAAUGUCAUAAAUAAAAAAAUUGUGGAACUUGCUAACGCGCUUAAUUUAGAUGUUGAAGUGAAAGAUAUUGAAGAAUUAGUGGAAUAUGUCGAGGGAGAGCUAACUAACGAAGAUUUAAUAGAGUUGGAAGCACAGUAG